UUGCGUGGAAUGAUUCUUCAAACUGACCCGGAGAGCCGUCCACCUCCACCUCGGGCGCUUUUUUUUCUUCUCUCCGGCGGGGCUCCCGGGCGGACCUCCGGCAUGGAGCGGCCGUAGCGGCAGCGAGCUCCGCGGCGACAGCUCACUGCGUGGCGGCUUCCGGUGUCCGUCCGUCUGCUGGAGGAUGGCGUCCGGCUUCAACCGCAUCCCUUCCACUGCCGGUCCUCCGAGCCCUAAAUACGCCGAAGGUUGACGACCCGACGCCGAAGGAAGGCGGGGGAAACCGUCGUUAAGGGGCCCCGAUUUUCUCCAUUUCUCCAUUUGGUGUGAACACCAAAAUAACACAACUACACUCAGAGUGCCGGUCACCAUUUUUUAAGCUAUUCCUCUUUUUUUAAUUUUUUUUUUUUUGCACAACAUCCACCCUUCUCCGUUUAGUGCUGAAACCCCCCCAAUCCGCUGAGAGCUGAACCGCUACAUGCGAAGUGGAACGAUGACGGAGGCGUGGCAACAGCAGCAUGCGGUGGCUCCACCUUCCGUUGUGCACACGCUCCCCCAGGGGGCCGACAACCCCCUGGGCUGCACCGUGUACGGAGUGGUCCUGCAGCCAGAUGCUUCACUGCAGCAGGCGCAGCUCGGCCAGCAGCACGCCGUUCAAGCCCAGCAGCCCUCCUUGCAGGUAGGGGGCGAGAGAGGGCACAAGUGCGGAGCCUGUGGCCACGACAUAUCUCACCUGGCCAACCCUCACGAGCAUCAGUGCAUGGUGAACCAAGACCGGUCCUUCCAGUGUACCCAGUGUAUGAAGAUCUUCAGCCAGGCGACGGACCUGCUGGAGCACCAGUGCGUGCAGGUGGAGCAGAAGCCCUUUGUGUGCGGCGUGUGCAAGAUGGGCUUCUCUCUGCUCACCUCGUUGGCCCAGCAUCACAACUCGCACGGCAACGGAAACAACCCAAUGAAGUGCUCCAUCUGCGAGAAAACGUACCGGCCGGGUUCCGGAAACGUCACCCCCACCUCGUCGGCCGCCAACCCCCAGCAGCCCUCCACCGGGGAGACGUCCAGUGACGGCGCGGCCAUCAGUGCCUCGUCUCCUCCAUCGUUCGAGGCCUCGGCGCCAGACCGGCCCUACAAGUGCUCAGUGUGCCACAAGUCCUUCCGGCAUUUGUCAGAGCUGACCCGCCACGAGAGAGUCCACACCGGCGAGAAGCCGUACAAAUGUGACACUUGCGACAAAAGCUUCAGCCAGUCUUCGCACCUGGCGCACCACCAGCGCACGCACAGCUCAGAGCGGCCGUACAAGUGCGCCGUGUGCGAGAAGAGCUUCAAGCACCGCUCCCACCUGGUGCGCCACAUGUACGCGCAUUCCGGCGAGCACCUCUUCAAGUGCAAUUUGUGUGAAAUGCACUUUAAGGAGUCGUCCGAGCUCCUGCACCAUCAGUGCCAGCCGGAGGGGGAAAGGCCUUUUCGCUGCGGCUCCUGCGGGAAGAGCUUCAAGCGGCCGUCCGACCUGCGGCAGCACGAGCGCACCCACUCGGAGGAGCGACCCUUCCAGUGCGAGGAGUGCCAGAUGAGCUUCAAGCAGCAGUACGCGCUGGUGCGCCACCGCCGCACCCACAAGAAUCCGGCCGACCGCCCGUUCAAGUGCAACCUCUGCGACAAGGGCUUCCUGCAGCCGUCCCACCUGCUGUACCACCAGCAGGUCCACGGCAUGGAGAGCCUGUUCAAGUGUGCGUCCUGCCAGAAGUCUUUCAGCCAAUCGGGAGAACUGCUCCGGCACAAAUGCGGCGGCGAGGUGGAGAAGCCCUACAAGUGCGACGUGUGCGGCAAAGGUUACAAAAAGAAUUCGACGUUGCAGCGCCACCAGAACUCUCACUGCACGGAGAAGCCGCUCAAGUGCUCCCUGUGCGACAAGCGCUUCGUGUCGUCCUCCGAGUUCGUGCAGCACCGCUGCGACCCCACGCGCGAGAAGCCGCUCAAGUGCCCCGACUGCGAGAAGCGCUUCAGGUACUCGUCGGAGCUGCAGCGCCACCGCCGCGUUCACACCGGCGAGAAGCCGUUCAAGUGCGGCAACUGCGACAAGAGCUUCAAGCAGCGCGAGCACCUCGCCAAGCACCAGAGCGUGCACUCGCGGGAGACGCAGUUCAAGUGCGUGUGGUGCGGCGAGCGCUUUGUGGACCUCACGGCUCUGCAGGAGCACACGGUCCAGCACACCGCCGAGGGGGAGAGUUUCCCCGAAGCUCAGUGCAUCCCAUGAACCGAACUGCUGCUCAGUCCUGGGCAGCACACAUGACAACACCCCCCCCCCCCUUGUAAAAAGCAACGUGUGCCAGCCUCCGCUCCCCAUUUGUAGUUUAUAACACGCGCCCCAUAGAGAUGUUUUAAUUUGUUUCUUUUUUUUAGUAUCAAGACUGAAGUCCAUCCUUUAGUCGGAAUAAUCGCCAAAACCCCACAACCCUACAGAGGGCGAUAAGAGCUCUCGUCUUUCUUGGGAACACAUGGAUAAAAAACAGCUUUCACUUGAUCAGUUUAGUGCGGAUCCGUUCCCGUGGCUGCAGGUCAUCGUGUGUUUUGUAGCUGUCCAUUCAAUCCUCUGAAAUCCAUGUGCCUUUUUUUUUUUCUUUUUUUUUUUUACCGAUCACGUGGUUAUUUUGUGUUUUUGUUAAUACUUGUGUCCAGUUUAGCUGCCCCCCCCCCCCCCCGUGUCUUCCGUAUGCAGUGGCUGACUUGUGCAGCAGUAUCUUUUCACAUUCUAGAUCUUAGGUAGUAUCAUCUGUUUGUGCAUGAAUAUUUUUCACACUUUAAUAUCACUGUUGUAUUAUAGGUUUGGUUUAUUUAGGAGAAACAUCCUAAGAAGAAAAAGUGGAUUUGUGAAAAUGUAUAGCCCGUGUCCUAUGAAAUCUGUGUUGUUGCAUCUUUGUAUUAAAAACAAAUGACAUCUAGGUAACUAACCAAACCUAUCAUGUCAUAUGAACACUUGACAUGUGCAAUAGAACAUGCACAAUGUAAUAUUUAUAACUACUGAUUCAUGGCUACUCUGUUAUAUUAUAGAUUGUGUGUAUAUGCUCAUGUAAACAUUGAAAGACGGUAUAGUGCUUAUGUUACCUGCUUUUGUAUUCACUUAUGAAUGAGCUUGCAGUAUUUUGCAAGUACUUUCAGUUUCAAUACCAGAAGGAUUAUUACACGGUUUAACCCUCACCACACUCACCUGCCACAAACUAGCUGCAGUAGUUACCUCGCACUAGAGAUCUAACAAAAGUAAUAUUCUUUUUUUUAAUGUAUUUUUAAAAUAUUGGCUUCGUCGCUUCCACACAAGGAUCCUUCUGGUUCUGGUUCCGGCCCAGACGAGACGUUCAGCAGAUUCAUCCGAGGAGCCUCCGGUUCCACGUCGGGGCGUAAAGUAAAACACGUGUGUACUUUAGUUUACUGAGUGGAUUUCUACAUUCACAAUAUUUGCAGUAUAUUUAAAAGAAGGUUUUUUUAACAACGUGGGGGGGGUUGUGCUAUGGUUCAAGUCCCAGUGAGUCCGCUUCAGGAAGCUUCUGUUGGAGGCGAACGAGUGUUAUGAAGCGUUGGAUUUACACGCGUGGGUAUCAAUAUAGACUCCUGUUCAUACUGUAUACAGACCAUAAAAUAAACCACCCUUAUGGAAAUAAAGGUGCUCAUGUUUUCAUCCCAGCGAGAUCGACCACAUGUACGUCUGUUGAUUCCAAACCAAUGCCUCCAAGGAUUAUUUUCAUUAUUAAAAAUUAAUCAUUUUCAA